AUGCAAUUGAAUGUAAAAGAACGUGUCGCCAAAGGUCUUGAAAAAGUUGGAUAUACUUAUACAAAAGUGCUCAUAUGUUGGCUCUUGGUGUUACUGUUAUUUUCAAUGACUAGUAUUGAUAUUCAAGAAUUCUGCAUUUUCACAUCAAUUGCCAUGAUUAUCGACUAUGUGCUACAAAUAACGUUUUUUGUAGCAGUUCUGUCUAUUGACCUUGAAUGGUUUGAAUUAGAGAAAAUAUGCACUUAUUACGCUGAUAAUGAUAACACAGAUAGAAACAUUAUUCCGCCUUCAAAAGCAGCCAAUUAUGGCCGUAGGAUUGGUGGUUCAUUGGUGGUUCUUAUCUGCCUGGUAUGGAUGACGAAUGUUUAUCACACUAAUAUCGAGUUCGCCAAUAUUGAAGUUCCAUAUCUUAAGUCUGCACUGAGCAGUUUAAUCGGUAAUUCUAUAGCUCUUCCUGCUAUACACACAAAUGUCACUUUCUGGGAAACAUCAAUGGAUAAAACUGCUAACGAAUUUUGGAGCAUUGUUAAUCCGGACAAAAAAAAUCAAAUUGUUGAAAUUUUGCCUACUAGACAUUUGACUUUGUCUUAUGAUAUUGAACAAGAUGAUAUACAUUAUCCAUUCAAUGAUGGUAUAAAUUGGAGAUUAAUUAUAAAAACUUUUGUUUGGUUUCUCAAGUUCAUUAUACUUCCUAUUAUUGGUGUAAUAUUUACUACGCCUAUCCUGAUGGGUUUCUCAUCACCAGAGAAACUAGUAAUUCGAAUCUUAGAAAAAACAAGUAGUAAUGAAUAUAAAAAUAUACUCACAUCUCAGCCUUCCGGAAGUUCUAGUUUGUACGCCACCACUCCUCUAAUUAUAACUUUACGUGGUCGUCAUUUAGCCGAUGUUGAUUUACUUUGUGCAAACCUUAAUGGCGUUAUAAUUACAAGUGCUACUGACAAACAUAUUACAGCAUGGAAUGGAAUGCAAGGUACACCAUUAAGAAAACUUGAAAGAUAUAUGCGUCGAUGUGAAACUUGUAAAUGUGAUAGUACUGGAGGGAUGAAAUCCUGUAUUUCUUGGCCGGUUAGAGCUAUGUGCGUGAGUGAAAAAACUGCUGCAGCUGGUUUUGAAGACGGAGUGGUGCGAGUAUGGGAUGUAAAUACAGGUCAAGUUAAUUAUAUCUUGAAAGAUACUGUUGAAGAUGUCGAACAAAUAAUGUCGGCAGUUAAUAAUGAUAAAUCAGUAAACGAACGGGUUACAUGUUUACAAAUUAUAGUAUCAGAUAAAAAGUCUAAACAAUUAUCGAAUCGAAAAGCACCUGCCACACUUUUUGCAACUUACCGAAAUGGUUAUUUUCGAGAAUGGGAUCUUACUUCUGGUCAAAUUUCUCACACAGUUUUCACACAUCAAAAAGGUGGUAUCAGUUAUCUCUUAGUAGUUGACGAUGAUCAAGAUGGGAUACAUAUUUUUACUGGAGCACGGGACGGGUCUGUCAAAUGCUGGAUUCGUAUAAUUGAUUUAGACGACGAGCGUAAAGAAAUACGUAAUAAUGCGUGGAAAUUGCUUUAUACAUUGCGUGGAGAACCUGGAAACGCAAUUACUAGUAUAGGUGCUAAAGUAAUCAAAACUAAAAAGGAUAGUUUUGGUGUUGUGGUUACCGGAGCUGCGGAUGGAGAAGUUAGAGUAUAUGAUUACGUUACAGGCCAAUUUAUAGAAACAUUAAGUUAUGGAACUUCAGGAAAACAGAAACUUGCAAGAGAACAUAAAGAGCAAUUAUUGUUCCAAAAACGAAAGAAAAAAUUCAAAGCUUUCUCUUCAGAACAGGAUUGGUUUGAAGAAGACGAAGAUGAGGAUGAAUUUUGGGAUGAAAGCGAAAGUUUUGAUUCAUCACACCAGGAUGCAAUUACAAGUAUUAUAAUUCAUCCACUUAAAGAAGAAAGUUGUUUAUGUGGUGAUAUUGAAGAGUGUAAAGGGUUUUCAAUAAUAACUUCGUCAUUUGAUGAAAAAGUAAAUUUUUGGCAAUUAACCCGAAAUUUUGUGGAUUGUACGUGCAUGACAUCCCAACUAGAAGAACCUCCUCUUAAUUAUACCGAUAAUGUAGAUACCUCAGAACGACUUCAAAAAGUUUUUCUUGGACAUAUAAGACAACCCGGUAGUUCAGUGAUUGUGCUUCUUAAAGGACAUAUAAUUGGAGUUCGUCGUGUUACGAAACCAAAUUUCUCCAUAAAAAGGAGUCAUGGUGCUGAAGGUGAAUGGGAAGUUUGGACUCUUGAUAUUAACGACCCUAAUGUAUUUGAGCCAACCGAAGAAGUUGAUGAUUCAGAAAAUCACGAUGAUGAAUUUAGAGUUAAAACUAUUCCAUUGGUUAACGACAAUGAUUUGAUAAUGGAAGAACAACAAAAAAAGAAGAAAGAAAUAUAUAAACAUGACCGAGAAAAUAUGGAGAAAUUAAAAGGAUUUGUUGGGCGACGUAAAGUUGUUUCGAUGGCAAAUAAGAACUAUCCCUUAAAUUCAUCUCAUUCAGAUGAUCAAAAUGAAAAUCAUUCACAUAUUCACAAUGAAGAGGACUAUGAACAAGGACAAGUUAUGGAUUUUAGGCUGCGAAGUCAGAAGCAGCGUGUUUAUCCAAACAAAAGUCACAAUGAUCGAAAUUCAUUUAAAGAGGAAGAUGAAAUGAACGAGAUGCUACCAUUUUCUCGUAUACGACGAAUUGUCAAAGUGGGUGAAGACGGAUUAGCUGUCACAUAUGGCAAUUUUGUAAAAGUUAUAAUGUUUAAAGAGCUAAACGAUGGUUAG